CGCACAUUUCGCUAUGCAAUUGGGGCCCCGCAUCGAUCAGAUCGAGACAGCUCCCAUUUCCCCAACACGGGGUUCAAUCAAGCAGUCGGUACGUUGCGAGAAAGGUGGGAAGCGUAAAUCCACGCCAAAGAGUCGCAAUGGAUGCAUUUCAUGUAAAGCGAGGAGAGUCAAAUGCGACGAGACGAAGCCUUCUUGCAACCAAUGCACCCGUCGCCGUCUCACGUGUGGAGGCUACAGAAAAGAUAUCAAAUGGAGACCUGUCGAGAUUGAUGAGCCUAUCCGCGCACACCGGCUGCAGAACCAUGUUAAGAGUCCGAUCGAACAACCGCCAACAACAGAGGACUUCUCUUGGAUCAGGCUGGGUCCUCUCGAUGGCAGCGAAGAAGCUACUUUUCAGUCCAGCCUUUCUUCAGACCUAUCCGCUUGGCCACUAUCGGAUAUGGUACAUUUUGAUUUCUUAGCCCCGAGCUAUGAUAACAGCCCGCCUUGGGAUAGCUUCUCAAGCCUCCUGCCUGUGGAACUAACAUGCCGUGACACUGGUCCUCCGGCGGUGAACACGAGUAUUGAAGACAUGGCAGAGAGCAUCGGGAGUAUCGAAGUUGGGUCAUCUCAGGAAGACUUUUAUCUAAACGUCGACCGCUUCAGACAAUCCUCGCUUUCUUCCCCAACAGGAAGACAACCCACUCUCACACUCUGUCAGGGCCUGUAUCAUGGCGCAGACAGCCCGGAGGGAAUAGCAGGGCUUUUUCAUCAGCAGACCUGUUAUAUCCUCUCCAUUCAAGAUGAACCGAGCAAGAACCCAUGGAGCGCGGUGAUUUGGCCUCUCGUCAAAGACUCUCAAGCACUGUUUCAUGCGCUUGCAGCAAUGACUUGCUUCCACAUAAGCAAAACGAAGCCUCGAAUGCGAAAUCAAGGCUUGGCUCAUGCCCAAUGCAGCACACGGGCCCUUGCUGCCGACGUGAGCGCUGGCACGAUUCAGAUUGACGUAGCGGUGGCAGCGACUCUCGCUCUCGGCUUUGCUGAGACUUGGGACUAUCAAAGGUCCUCAACCGGUCUCUAUCACAUAAAAGGCGCCAAGAUUCUUCUACAACAAGCCUUAUCUAGUCAUGUUUCUUCUCCGGACGCAAUGGAUCCUCCCAGUCGCCUAAAGUUUCUUACAAAUACAUGGAUUUAUAUGGACGUCAUGGCUCGACUCACCUCCGAUAGCGGCAGUCCACCAGAUCCGGAACUUCCAUCCCUCUACGACAUGCAAUAUCUGUGGCCCACACGGCUUGAGCUUGACCCUCUUAUGGGCUACGCGGGAACGUUAUUUCCCCUCAUUGGCCGAGUUGCGGACCUCGUUGCGCAGAUUCGGGCCCGAGGCAGCAAGCGCAACUCUCCAGCGAUUGUAUCCCAGGCAAUAACUCUGAGGCGCGAAGCUGAAGGAUGGACGUCGCCUAUAAAUCUGGAGCAGGUCGAUAGCCCGACCUCUAGCAUGUCGGACGCUAUCCAGACUGCCGAAGCAUACCGCUGGUCCACGCUGCUGCUCCUCCAAGAGGCAGUACCAGAGCUACCGAACCUCUCCUCGGUUGGAGAGCUGGCCGCAAAGAUCUUAGUAUACCUCGCCACAACUCUCGUCGAAUCACGCACAACAAUUGUACAAAUGUUCCCUCUUAUGGUGGCAGGGUCCGAUGCAGCAGAAGUGGAGGACCGAGAGUUUGUUCGCAGACGGUGGAAAGCUAUGUCCAAACGGAUGAUUACAGGGUUAGUCGACCGAUGCCUUGAAGUCACUGAGGAGGUGUGGCGGAGAAGAGACGCAUACGAAGCUGAGCGCCGAUCAGGCCCCUUCCCUCUUCGACCCCCACCAGAAAUUCCGGAGAAUGAGCUUUCCUUCGCACCAGAAGGAUCACCAGAAUCAGACUCGAUCAAUGUCUCCGGACCCGAGAGGUCUACCACUGAUCGGAAGGUAGCCGAAGGGUAUAGACGGAAUGCGCCCAAGCCGCGAAAACCACCCAUGUCGUACGACUUCCCUAUGUCCGCAGCAUUCAAGAAAGGGGUAGACCCGUUUACACGCAGUGGUUAUGCGGAGUACACCGUGAGAGGCAAGCUGCACUGGUUGGGAGUGAUGAAGGAUUGGAGUUAUGCUCGGGUGACACAUUUUAGGAAACCCUAUGAGCCAGGAAACGUAGGAGAUCUGGUAGCACAUCAUCCCUCGCAGACGUUCACGCAAAACCUCAACCCGAUAUUUGGCCCAUUGAUAGUACAGCUCGGAAUGAUUCGUUAUAGGCCUGAUCGUCUUGAGAUCUGCAUCAUCUGGCACAAAAGGAUCGCGAGGCCGGAAUGCUGUAAUCAUGGUGAUGCGCUCGGUUCCACCUACGGCCGCGAGCGCCUGGUGGGAGAUGCAUCGGCCUUGGAGGACGAUGGCGCAGCCCUAGAGAAUACCUGA